CCAUCAAUUGAUUUCAUCAACUAUCGUUAAAGUGAAUACGGAACAUCAGUUUUCUAUUUAUUCAAAUAUCAGCGAGUGUUGAUUAAUUAACCAUCUCAUGAAACAGUUAGGGGGGCUUGAGUUUAAUGAAGCAAGUUCAUGACUUCAGUGUCUGAAAUCCAUAAUUUUAUUCAAUCUUGAAGGCUGGAUGUAGGCAUAUACAUGUGUAGUUCAGAGAAAAUUUCUGUUCUAGUGUAGAAGUGUAGAAGUAUUUGCAACUUGUGUAAAGAUUACCAUGACUUUGAGAAAAUUCUCAACCGCAUUCGUCAUAUUAGUUGCAGUAAAUACAACAUCAGAAUACGGAAACUGGAAUCCACAAAGAAGACCUAAAUUGAUGGGAGACCGGAUACCAAUGAUUUCUAUCAAUCCAGUGCAAGCGAGAGUUCAACGUAACAUUGUUCUUUACCACAAUUUUUUCAGAUCCAACGUCCGACCGAGUGCUAGAAAUAUGCUGAGAAUGAAAUGGCAUAAAGGAGCAGCUGCUGCCGCGCAAAGAUGGGCAGAUGCUUGUGUACUCCUAACACAUGACAAUGUUACCGGAAGACAUAUAGAUUUUUACGGACCAUGUGGCCAGAAUAUUUUUAUUGCAUCUCAUAAAGUUCCCUGGUUCUUUGCUGUACAGACGUGGUGGUUGGAAAAAAAUCAGUUUACCUACGGCCGACCAAAUAAUAUAACUAUUAUUGGCCACUACACUCAAAUGGUUUGGGCCGCCAGCCAUGAAGUUGGGUGUGGAAUCGCUAAGUGUUAUCACUAUGGGAACUACAAGCACACAAAAGCCAAGUUGUAUUACAACUACGUUUGUAACUAUUGUCCAAUGUAAGUUAUACCAUACCUCAAGAGUAAAAAGUCAGUUUCAAGU